GGUUAAACAAAACAGUCAAUAAAUCUUCCAUGUGCGAAUUGAAAAUUUGUUUUACCUUUCACUGUAAAUAAACAAAAAAUUUGUUAAAAUAUGGGAAACUCAAAGCCGAAAGUGAAAAAUAAUAAUGCUGUGAAGCGGCACCAGCAAAAUAAGCGAAAACUGCUAAAUAAUGGAAAACAACAGUAUAAGUCUAAUAAACCUAAUUUUCCAAACUCAAACCAAUGGCGCCGGAAAAAGCCACAAGACGAGGGCAGAAAACAAAAAUUAAAGGAACGCGAAGAACUAAGAUUGCAAAAAAUUUCAGAAUCCAAAGCUGAAAAGGAGCGUGUGCAGCGUGAAAAAGAGGAACGCAUACGAAAUUACAAGAAAAAACGUUUAGAGAAAACCAAAGUGAUUAGCAAGAAAACCAAACGCGGUCAGCCGCUAAUGAAGGAUCGCAUGGAAUUGUUAUUGAAACAAAUACAAGAAAUGAAGCGUGGGACAUAGUUAAGAAAUAUGGAAAAUAAUGAAUAGUUUGUAGGAUUCAAGAGGAACGUGUUACGUAAAUGAAAAUAAAAAAUUAAGAUAUUUUUCAUCAGGAUGAAAAACUUAAGCGUUAUCAUACAAUAAUGUUAGAAAAUAAAUAAUUAUAGCUAAAUAAAAAUUAAUAAUAUA